AACUCUCUUUCUUGAAUGACCCAAAAAAGUUGAUGUAAUGAAGAAAAACAAGAAAGGAACCAAAGAGGAGAAGAUGGGGGGAAUGCCUUCAAAUGCCAUCCAACCAAAAAACCCACCUUUAGGAAGAAAAACUAAUUUAAAAACGUUUAUCCCUGAAAUACCCUUUCUGCAACAACGACAACAAAAAAAGUCAAUCUUCAUCACUGUCUCUCGGCUCUUUGAAUGGAAAAUAACAUGUUUUUUCACCGAGUUAUGUGGGCUUCGUUGGGUUUUUCUCUUUGUCUUGGUCAGAGUUUUUCAGAGGCUAAACAGCAAAACGAGAACCUUCCUAUCUCUCUCCCCCUUUGCCUUAUUCAUAUUCUUUUCUGUUAGUUCUUUCCCCAUAUCUCUCUCUUUCUUCCUUUUAGAUCAAAGACUCUUCCUUUUUAUUCCUAUUUUCUCUCUUUCUUCUUCACAUUUCCUUAUUUUGGCCUUUCGGGGUUCUUUUUCUCAAUCUCACCAUUUUGAUCCGAAAACAUGAAGAAGAUGAAAGGGGUUGGUGUUGCUAUGGAGAACUCUCCAUAUGGUGCGUAUGAGGACCAAAGGAGGUUCAAGCACCAGAGCCUUAUGCAAGACUUUGAAGACUUGCACAGGGAAACAGAAGCCAUGAGAAAGAAAUUGAUGAUGAUGAAAGAGCGAAAAUUAACCCUGUUGGCCGAAGUUCGGUUUUUGAGACGGAGGCACAAGUUCUUGAUGCAGAACCGAUCUUCAAACGCCGUUCCAGGCCGAAACUUUGUGCAGCCACGGAGUACGGUGGCUAGAAGUAAAUCGAAUGUGAUGGACAAUAAAUUAACGGGGAAGGAACAUCGUAUGCGACGUCUGGAUACGCAAUGUCUGGCUACGGGAUUUGAUCUGAACCAGAAGGGAAAGACAGGUAAUGAAAAGGAAACUGCUUUCAUUCAUCCUUGUAUGAUGUUUGAUCUAAACCAGAAGCAGCAUAGAAACAUCUAUGGGAAGGAGGAAGCUGUUUUACAGAGUUCUUCACCGAUUCUCGACUUAAACCAGAGAGAAAGGCUUUACAGUAGGAAGGAGGCUACUUCUCGAACCAUGACACCAGUUUUCGAUUUAAACCAGAUUUCGAGAGAGGAGGAAGAACUCCAGGCAAUGGACAAUUCAAUGAAAAUAGGGGAAUUCAAGAAAAGUUCAAUCCGAAUUGCAGGUGAAGAGCAGCACAAUGAUAUUAAAAUAUCAGCCUGCAGGAACACCGGAAACGGACCAAACAACAGAGUCAGGAAAAGAAAGAUCUCAUGGCAAGAUCAGGUAGCAUUGAGGGUUUAAAAAAUUCUUGUAAUAGAAGUUCGUAGUUGGAGGGGUUGUGGACUAAGUGAGUUUAGCUUGCCAACCUCCCCUUCUUUUAACUGUUAUAUGUUCUCCUUUCCACCUUUUGUAAAGAAAAAUAUAUAGUUGGCAUGUAUAAAAUUGCUUGCUUGCAAUUA